AGUGGCCCCUGUUGCACCGUGAAUCCCGGGCGGGCGUGCGGGCGGCAGCGUACGAGGCCUUCUACUCGCCCGGGUGUCUGGUGCCUCCCUUCUCCCUGGGACCCUGUCUUCAUCAUCGAGGUUUCUACCACCACCUUGCCUCGGUGCCGGGCCCACUGACUCUCCGUCCUCGGUGUAUACUGCGACCCAGCUUCCAUCAUCCCAUCCUCGGUGUGCUGGAUGCCCCAGCGCCCCCAGCCGUCUCCCUCAACAUUCAGGGUCAUUCACAUCCCAAUGCCUUGUCCGAAGCUUCACAGCCCCACAUUCACCUGUUCUUGGCCUGCCAGUGGGCUCCUGCCACCAUGGACCUGUUGUUCGGGCGCCGGAAGACACCAGAGGAGUUACUGCGGCAGAACCAGAGGGCCCUAAACCGUGCCAUGCGGGAGCUGGACCGUGAGCGACAGAAGCUAGAGACCCAGGAGAAGAAAAUCAUUGCAGACAUUAAGAAGAUGGCCAAGCAAGGCCAGAUGGAUGCCGUUCGCAUCAUGGCGAAAGACUUGGUGCGCACCCGGCGCUACGUGCGCAAGUUUGUAUUGAUGCGGGCCAACAUCCAGGCUGUGUCCCUCAAGAUCCAGACACUCAAGUCCAACAACUCGAUGGCACAAGCCAUGAAGGGUGUCACCAAGGCCAUGGGCACCAUGAACAGACAGCUGAAAUUGCCCCAGAUCCAGAAGAUCAUGAUGGAGUUUGAGCGGCAGGCAGAGAUCAUGGAUAUGAAGGAGGAGAUGAUGAAUGAUGCCAUCGAUGAUGCCAUGGGUGAUGAGGAAGACGAAGAGGAGAGUGAUGCUGUUGUGUCCCAGGUCCUGGAUGAGCUGGGACUUAGCCUGACAGAUGAGCUGUCGAACCUUCCCUCAACUGGGGGCUCCCUCAGUGUGGCUGCUGGUGGGAAAAAAGCAGAGGCCACAGCCUCAGCUCUAGCUGAUGCUGAUGCAGACCUGGAGGAGCGGCUUAAGAACCUGAGGCGAGACUGAAUUCCCCCUGCCACUCCCAAGAGGACCAGGAUGCCCAGGAUCUUUUACCAGAACUCCUCUGUAAUAAAGGAGAUUGGACACUA